AUGUCAUUUAUAGCAGCAAAUGACAACAGCGGAUUCUUCUCGACAGUGCAAUGCUCACAGUCGUCGGUGAUGAUAAACUGCUCUCAGCCGAAUGCAAAAUCCCUCUAUGAUGCGCUGGAGAACAUCUUCGACCUAAACGCCAUCCGGCCCGUUGUCAGCCUGAAGACUGCUACCAAUGUCACUGUCUCCAUCACACUGUAUGGCAUUCUUGGGGUGGAUGAAAAAGCACAGCUACUGACAACUUAUCUUUGGCUAGAACUGAAAUGGAAAAUUGAAUACCUGAGUUGGGAUCCAGUACAGUGUGGGACAACUUGGAUUUCUCUUCCCAGGGAGCAGCUGUGGAUGCCUGAUAUUGUUAUUAAUGAGUUCAUGGAUGAGGACAGGUCUCCUAAAAUUCCUUAUGUGUACGUGAAUUCGUCUGGUUAUGUGUCUGACAGUCGGCCAGUGAGAGUCGUCAGCUCCUGCAAUCUGGACAUCUACACCUUCCCAUUUGACAUUCAGAAUUGUUCAUUGACCUUUAACUCCUAUACACAUGUGGCUUCAGAUAUCCGGAUGUAUUUGGAAAUGUCAGGUGAAGAAACACUGCAAGAAUCCAACCUGGUGAUGAGGACGGUUGGGGAAUGGGAACUGCUAGACAUCAAAGCGGAAGGAUCACCCAACCUCACUGACCUGGACUUUGAAUAUGACUACGUUGUCUACUAUAUUGUCAUGAGGCGCAGGCCAACUGUAUAUGUGGUCAACCUUCUGAUCCCCAGUUGCUUCCUCAUCACUGUAGACCUAUUAAGUUCCCUCCUUCCUGUGGAGAACGUAGACCGUUCCUCCUUCAAGAUGACUCUUAUCUUGGGCUACACUGUGUUCCUGCUCAUCAUGAAUGAUUUGCUGCCAAUCACAGGAAACAGAAUUCCUCUCAUAAAUGUCUUCUUCUCCAGCUGUCUGGCACUGAUGGUAGCCAGUGUUCUGGAGACGGUUUUCAUCACCAGCAUCCUGUUCAACUCCAGCCGCUUCUCCAAAGUUCCUCAAUGGGUCCGCCGAUUCGUUUUGCAUUACUUAGCUUACCUUGUUUGUUUUUCCCAAAAACCUAAAGACAAGGACAAGGACUCAGGCCCUCUCCAUUCUAGCAUUGCAAAUGAAGAAGUAACUGACCAGGCUAAAAUUCUGGAUAGCUGCAAGAAGAAGGGGUUCCAGAGUGAGGACUGUGCUGUGGAGGAGCUGAAGAAGCUGGGUCGGGACCUCAUAGCUAUUCGUGCACAGGUAGAGGAGCACCUUGCAGGGAAUGAGGUUGCUGAGGAAUGGAGCCAGAUUGGAAAUGUUAUCGAUCGACUGCUCUUUGGUCUCUACCUCUUGUUCCUUAUCUUCAGCUUCAUCAUCAUAGCUGCUGUUUGGGUGCACUGGCAUAGUCACUAG